AUGGCAGCAAACGAUGUUCCAUGUUGUGAGCCAAUGUUCUGGGUGUAUCUAAUCAUAUGUGUGGUUCUUGUUUCAUUUGCCGGACUCAUGUCAGGCCUCACCCUAGGACUCAUGUCCCUUAGCCUGGUUGAUCUUGAGGUCCUUGCCAAGGCUGGUCAGCCCCAAGACAGGAAGAAUGCAGAGAAAAUUCUCCCAAUCGUCAAGAACCAUCACUUAGUCCUCUGUACCUUACUCAUAAGCAAUGCCAUGGCAAUGGAGGCCCUUCCCAUUUUCAUCGAUUCACUUCUUCCUGCUUGGGCUGCCAUACUGAUAUCAGUCACACUCAUACUUGCUUUCGGCGAGAUUAUUCCACAAUCGGUGUGUUCAAGGUAUGGACUAAAUGUUGGUGCAAAACUCUCUUUCCUCAUUCGGUUGCUUGUCUUGGUCUUCUUUCCAUUAUCUUACCCCAUUAGUAAGCUGUUGGAUUGGCUACUUGGUAAAGGACAUUUUGUACUUCUACGUCGGGCAGAGCUUAAAAUAUUGGUUGACAUGCAUGGAAUUCUGGCAGGAAAAGGUGGUGAGUUAACAUAUGAUGAAACUACCAUAAUUACUGGAGCUUUGGAUAUGACACAGAAAAGUGCCAAAGAUGCCAUGACGCCCAUCUCUGGAAUAUUUUCGCUUGACAUAGAUUCGAAACUUGAUGAGCAAACGAUGGGACUAAUAUUGAGCAAAGGACAUAGUCGUGUGCCCAUCUACUCUAAAAGCCCCACAAAUAUCGUUGGCCUUAUUUUGGUAAAAGAUCUGAUCAACUUCCGUCCCGAAGAUGAAACCCCCAUCCGAGAUCUUAUUAUCAGGAAAAUACCUAGGAUAAAUCAGUGUUUACCUCUCUACGAUUUACUUAAUGAGUUUCAGAAGGGUCACAGUCACAUGGCUCUUGUCAUAAAAGGUAAGAAAGCAGAUAGGCCGGAGAGUUCAGAAAAAGAAGCCAAACCUAACAUCAUCAAUUUAAAUAUAAAGCAUAGACAUGCAGUGACAAAAGUCUUCUUGUUUUCAAGAACAGAUGAUCACCAAUUGGGUCAGAAUGAGCAUCGACUUAAUAUCGCUGAAAACACAAACUGGAGUACUGAUCAUCACAUGAGUAGUACUGGAAUUCAAAUUCCCACAUUAGAUGAUGCCAAUGCCAAGCUCGGGAAUAAACUAAGCCCACAACCAAAGAAAAUAUGGGAACGAGGAGAUGGGAACAUUUUAAAUUAUGAGGAUUGGGAAUCUCUUCCUAAUUUAGAUGAAGAGGUCAUCGGUAUCAUAACGCUGGAGGAUGUCCUGGAGGAGCUGUUACAGGAGGAAAUUCUGGAUGAGACCGAUCAUGAGUAUGUUAAUGAUCACAAGUUUAAAAAUAUGACACCUUCGUCAGGGUCAAUAUUAUCUGAUCCUGCAGCAGCAUCGGCUUCUCAUUUUCAAAAGCAAACUUCCAUGGCCUCUCCAGUACUUUCUUCGUAUUAUAAUACUCCGUUAUCUUCAUAUAACCAUUCUCCGAUACUGCAUUCACCAAUUUCCGCAUAUCUUCGUCAAUCUCCAAUAUCUAUAAAACCAACUCUAUCUCCUUCUCCUGAAAAAUGCAUGCCAAAUUAUCAACCAAUUUAUGCAGGUGGUGCUCGCUACUCACCAUCCUUGCACAAGGUUUCGAGGAAGCUGUAUGAGAAGCUGAGGCAGCCUGAUGAUGCUCCUUAAUUAGAGUUCGAUCGAAAGUUAGCGUCGAUCGAUCGAUCGAUAUGCAUGUCUGUUACGUUAAUCUUUGUUAAUUGAUAAAAGCGCA